AGUCGUUGGAAUAGAAGUCUCUCAAAAUGGCAGAUGACCUGGACUUCGAGACGGGGGAUGCAGGGGCAUCAGCUACCUUUCCCAUGCAGUGCUCUGCCUUGCGCAAGAAUGGCUUUGUGGCGCUCAAAGGCCGGCCCUGUAAGAUAGUUGAGAUGUCCACCUCCAAGACUGGAAAGCAUGGCCAUGCCAAGGUUCAUCUGGUUGGUAUCGAUAUCUUUACUGGGAAGAAAUAUGAAGAUAUCUGCCCUUCAACCCACAACAUGGAUGUGCCCAAUAUCAAGAGAAAUGAUUUCCAGCUGAUUGGGAUUCAGGAUGGCUACCUGUCACUGCUCCAGGACAGUGGGGAGGUAAGGGAGGACCUUCGUUUACCUGAGGGUGACCUUGGCAAGGAGAUUGAGCAGAAGUAUGAUUGUGGAGAAGAGAUCCUGAUAACGGUGCUGUCAGCCAUGACAGAGGAAGCAGCUGUUGCAAUCAAGGCCAUGGCAAAGUAACUGGCCCCCAGGGUGGUGGUGGCUGC